AUGGCGGAUUCCGUGGAUCGAGUCUUUGUUCAUGCCUUAAACACCGUCAAGAAGAUACCCAAGACUGGAGCAUCGCGGCCGCCCCCGUCUGAGCGGCUACGGCUCUAUGGCCUCUACAAACAGGCCAUGGAGGGCGAUGUCGACGGCGUGAUGGAGAUGCCCACGGCUGGGUCAGGGCUGGCCCCGGAUGAGCUGCAGAAAGAGCGGGAUAAGUGGGAUGCAUGGAAUUCACAAAAGGGACUGACCCGGACCGAGUCCAAGAGACGAUAUGUCGAGGCGCUGAUCGAGACCAUGCACAAAUACGCAAAUACAUCAGACGGGAGGGAACUCGUUGCUGAACUAGAGUUUGUCUGGAACCAGAUCAAAGACAACGUUGCAAGUUCAGACUCCUCAUCAGCCAACCCAAGCGACCCCUCACAUGUUUUCCACCAGCCUAGGAGCGGCAGUGACGGGCCGAUGAAGAUCCUCAGUCCUAUGAGCGAGCAAGAUAUUGAACUGCGAUCACGUAGGCAAAUUGAUGAGGAUGACGAAGACGCAGUAGCUAGGGAUGAAGAAGAACGCCAGAUUAGUCUUCAGAACAGCCGAUGGACAAGGAAGAUGGAGCGAGCCAUCACCAAGCUCACCGCAGAAGUUGCGGCGCUCCGCGAACAAAUUGCCACAGGGCGGGAGUGGAAAUCGAAAAAGGAGAAGAGCUUCCCUUCUUGGAUAAGAUGGCUCAUAUUCGUCGUCAUGAAACACCUCUUGAUCGACUGCGUCGUUUUGUGCAUAAUACUUGUCUGGAUGCGGAGUCGAAAGGACCGACGGCUCGAAGAUAUUGUACGAGCGGCAUUACGGCUUGUCAGGGAAUAUGUCAAGAAGAUUCUCCCGUCCAGGUGA